AUGUACCUCUCCGGCGGCAUGUUCUACGAAUCCCUGCGCGGGCUCAUCGUCAAUGAGCUGCACGUGCCUUCCUUGCACUCCUUGGAUGCCAAGGAAAUUGGCGCUGCCUUCAAACAAGUUGAUGAGAAGACAGGUUGCUGCGGUGUCAUUGAUCCACAUGAGGUCUCUGAGUUAUUGUUGCUGCUAUCUCAAGAGGGCAUGGACUUGACGGUGGUGCAACAAUCCUUCGACCAGCUUCGUGUGCAUUUGGAUCCGGAGGCGGUACAAGAUGCUUUCAUGAUGGUUGACACCAACUGCGAUGACAAGAUUGAUUUGACGGCACCUUGGCAGAUUUUGGCAGUGGUGGCAGAAUUCCUCAGUCUCAUCGACCGAAUGGUGGAUACCAUGAUUCCAGACGCCAUCUUUGAGUACAUGGGCUUGCAGCGCCAUCAGAUCUUUUGGGGCGUGAUCUUAAAAGUGGUCACAAUCCUGACCAUGUUCCUCUUCGUUUUCGUCUCCCUGAACGCUUUCCACGUGGACGUGGGCGAGAAAGCCGCCUCAGCGGGAUCCUCAUCAAUUCGAGCAGCCUUGGCAGGCCUGGCGUUGCUGGGGUUGCGCAACGACAACAGUCCAGAAUACAUGGAGAAGCAGGCAAAUAUCGCCAAGGAGCAGCUCUACCGUAUCACCAGCGUCUCGCGCUCGCAGCUUGAAGCGCGCCGCCGCAGCGUGGCCCUCAACGCAGGCGCCGGAAACGUCGUGGCGACGCGGCGUUGGACGGGACCGUGGGGAAGACGUGGGGAAAAUGAAGGGAACAUGGAGGAAAACUAA